AUGGCGACGACGAGCUCCCCUCGUCUCCUACCUAUCCCCCCCUCCACCUCCACCUGCACCUCCUCCGCCCUCCCACCAGUCUGUCCUUCCCGCCUCCGCUUCAAUCCACCAGCAGCAGCAGCAGGCGCGGUUUCUACUUCCGCCUUGGGCCGUGGCUGCAGUUCUUGGCUCAGCCUCCGCUGCCGAAGCGCUGCCGGACCCUUGCCGCCCUCCUCCGAGCCACCGCCCCCAUCUCCUCAAGAUUGGCAAGAGAGGUUGUCAAGAUUACAGGAUAUGUUACGGAUAUUCUUUGCAGUUCUGUUCUGGAUGGCACUGUUUUUCUGGGGCAGUGCUUGGGGUGGAAGUAACAACUCAGGUGGCAAGAAAGGCCAACGAUUUCGAAACAAAUCCAAGUGA